AAGUAAACUAAGCUAAGAUAGUUUGAAUCGCCUCCAAGAUUAGCGAAGCAACCGAAGACAGACAAUCGACAAAGACGCAAUUAUGUCAAGUUUGAAUACCAACAACACAGCUGUCAACACAGGCGUUACAGUAACAUUGUCCGCUCUAAUAGUGGUGGACCUGAUCGGGAACACCCUGGUCAUACUGAUCAUUCUGACCAAUAAAUCCAUGAAAUCACCAAUCAACUACCUCCUCGUCAACCUUGCUGUAGCUGACAUCAUGGUAGGAGUAUUCCUUGCACCACGUUUCAUUUUGAAUCAGUUUUACAUUCAUCCUGAUGGAUUUGCAGGAAAAAUGAUGUGUAGUUUUUUGACGGGUGGAAAUUUUUCUUGGGUAGGAGCCGUUGCUUCUUCCUUUUCUCUUGUUACGAUCUGUUGUGAGAGAUACGAAGCUGUUCUCCAUCCGUUUGCUUCCAACAGAAAUAUGAGUAAAAAGAAGUCUAGAGCAAUAGUGGUACUGUGUUGGACUAUUGCAUUAGUGCUAAACGUUCCUUUAUUUUUAACUAAAAUCUACAAAACAAAUGAUAAAACUUGUGGUUCUCUCUGGCCUAAAGAGCACCCAUGGUUCGAGGCAACAUAUUUGAUAUCUUGGUCAGUUAUUGUAGGGAUCAUCCCAAUCGCCAUUAUGCUUGUUCUGUACAGCAGAGUCAUCUACUCUCUUUGGUUCAAGCAACACCAAGUACAAGGUACACAACUAGCCGUGUUAAAGUCAAGGAAGAGAGUAACCAAGAUGGUGGUCAUUGUCAGUGUUGUAUAUGCUCUAUUCUGCCUUCCUGACUUCAUUAUCCAUCUUUUAAUCUUUAGUGGGAAUACGAACAGUAGCUUUAAGAGCAUCCAUCUCAGUUUUAUAAUAUUAAUGGUAUGCAACUCAGCCAUUAAUCCGUUCAUUUAUACAUUACAAAGUGGAAAAUUCCGACGCCAUUUUAAGAGAAUUUUUUGCUGCACAGACACUAACAAGGUGUUCGUAGACGUCAAUAUUUCAUUAUCUGCUGCAGCUCAUAACGACUGAAUGGAGCAGUAACUCGAUGUUUUAUAGUCAGAUCAAAUACUGAGACCCCCUACAAUACUGACUAACCAACUGAGAACCCAUCUACAAAGUUAAGCAGCCAAGAUACAGAAUCGGCAUCAUAUGUGAACAUUCUCCAAUCACAAUACCCCGGGGGGGUACUCCCUUUGUUCAGGUAGUAGGGGUGAUCGGCGGUCGAUUUUUAAAAUGGCCCCUAAAAGGAACGCAUAAAUUAAAAAGGCUCUUAAAACCAACCUGAUUUCAAACCCUAAAAGGUACAGCUUUAUUUCAGUAAUUUACUAUUAACCCCGGCUAUCAACGCCGGUUUAACGAAUGACAGGACAGCGUAUAAUAAGAUUAUAACGAUGAUCAUAUUAAAGAAAUAUUUAGUGCA